UCGCGUCACACGCUUGUGGGGGGAAAUCAAGAGGGCGAAACGGCUCGUGGACACAAUGGAUUUGCGAACAGAAGGAUUUUCCGUUGAAUAAAGCACAUUGUCUUCGUUGAACACAAGAAACCAGGAGAAGCAGAGGGCUAUGCCAUCUUUACUGCUGUUUGAUUAACCAUGAUGAAGACUGAACCCCCAUCUGCAGCCAGUGGCAGCACCACCACCACCCUCGUAGCACGAAGCGCCUCUCCGCACAGGAACGCCUAUGAGGCUGGAAUUCAAGCUCUCAAGCCAGUAAAAGAUCCUAGCGCUGCGAACGGAGAGGAUGGGAAACCUCGGCUGCAGGGUCGGGGCCGCAGGUACGGCUCCAAUGUGCACCGCAUCAAGAACAUGUUUAUGCAGAUGGUUUCUCCCGGGGAGGAAGAGGAUCCGUCGAAAACCAUCCGAUUGUCUCUGCCCAGAGCGAGCAGUCUGAACGAAAACGUGGAUCAUAGCGCUCUGCUCAAACUCGGUGGGACUGUGUCAGAGCGGGUGAGCCGCUUUGAUGGAAAGACUGAUGGCAGCGGUUCCCGCGGGCCAGGCUCCGGUUACUCCAAGCUGCAGGAAACACGGAAGAUAUUCGAACAACGUCACUUACAGGAGAAACAGGCUGCAACAAAUCGUAUUCUGUUGAAGAAAGAGCGGGCGUCUGGAUUUCAGGAAAGCCGCCUGGAUGUAUUGGUUCGAUUCAAUGGCAGCACCGAGUCCCUGGACAGGCUGGACUCAGGGGAAUGUCCCGGAGAUGCUGUGUCCCCUACGGUCAGCCAGCUGAGUGCUGUGUUUGAAAAAGCAGACCAGCGCAACAACCUUCAUCGACCAUCCUCAACCUCUCCACAGCCUUUUAACAGUGUGAACCCUACUGCAGACAAAGUAGAAGAAAACAACUCCAAAAUCAUCACCAGAAAGGUGCGAGCCUUCUCUUCAACAGAUGAUCAAGAGGAGGGAGCUCAAAUUAAAGACCAUGAUGGUGCCCCUGGGAGUCUGAAGACCAGGGCAUGCGUUCAACUUGAUGGACCCAACUGUAAAGCAUCUGAAGAUCCAGUGUCUGGUACAGAUCUAGAUAAGAUCCAGGAUCCAUCACGCACAGUAAAAGAGUCCAAACCUGCAGAGCAUGCAGAUGCAGGGAGCAGACUGGUACAGGCGGAUGUCCACGCUUCGCUGGAAAACGGAGAGGCCACCAGCAGCUCCGAACAAAGAGAGGAAAUCGGAAAGGCAGCUGGAGAGGCCUGUACCGAGGAGGAAUCACACAGAGAGGAUAUCUCAGAAGCAGACUUGGUGGACAUUAGCGCAUAUAGCGGUAUCGGAGAGGACUCCGGUGGUAGCCAGCUGGACGACGAUGAGGAGCCAGAGGAUGAUGAUGCUGUUUAUGAGCCAGAAUCCAGCUGUUCAGAAAUCCCUGGGCUGCCGUCUGAAGAUGAACCGCCUCCUAGCAGGAAGAUUCGUUUUAGCGUGAACCCUAUCAAGGUUUUCACAACAUACUCAAAUGAGGAUUAUGACAGACGCAAUGAUGAGGUCGAUCCCAUGGCUGCUUCGGCCGAGUACGAACUGGAGAAGCGUGUGGAAAGACUGGAUCUCUUCCCCGUGGAGCUGGAAAAAGAUAAAGACGGAUUGGGAAUCAGCAUCAUCGGAAUGGGUGCCGGUGCAGACAUGGGCCUGGAAAAACUAGGAAUCUUUGUCAAGACGGUCACAGAAGGAGGAGCCGCCCAUCGUGACGGAAGGAUCCAGGUGAAUGACCUGAUAGUGGAGGUGGAUGGCACCAGCCUGGUGGGCGUGACCCAGAAUUUUGCAGCAUCCGUCCUGAGAAACACAAGCGGAACGGUCAAGUUUGUGAUAGGCCGGGAGAAGCCAGGGGAGCAGAGCGAGGUGGCCCAGCUGAUACAGCAGACACUGGAGCAGGAGAAAUGGCAGAGAGAAAUGAUGGAGCAACGCUACAAUCCCUACAUGGAGGAGGACGAAGAGCAGACGGGUGAAUACGCCACAGACGAGGAGGAAGAGAUGAGUCCCAUGUUUCCCAACGCCAUUGAAGUCUUUGACCUGGCUGAGAAUGAGGACAUGCUCUCUCCUGUGGAGAUGGACCCAGAGAAACUUGCACACAAGUUUAAGGAGCUCCAGAUUAAGCAUGCUGUAACCCAGGCUGAGAUCCAACAGCUCAAGAAAAAGCUGGCUCACGCUGAGCAGGAUAAGCUCCGCUGGAGGAUGGAGAAAGCUCAGCUGGAGCAGACGGUGAGGGAGAAUAAGGAGCGGAUGGAGAAGUUGGAGGGGUAUUGGAUGGAGGCCCAAAGCUUGUGCCAGGCGGUAGAUGAGCACCUGAAGGAGACGCAGACGCAGUAUCAGGCACUGGAGCGCAAGUACAGCAAAGCCAAACGCCUCAUCAAAGAGUACCAGCAGAAAGAAAUUGAGUAUCUAAAAAAAGAAACUGCUCAGCGCAGAGCACAAGAAGAAACCGAGGCCAGUCACAAGGUGGAGACAGAAAACCUCCAGGAGAAGAUUACCGACUUGGAGUCAAAGGUGGGCGCUUUGAAGAACCUGGAGCCUUCGUAAGCUUUCCAUCGAGGGGAAGUGAUGCAGCGAACGAAAGAACCCCGCCCACUCUACGCCCCGCCCACAUUCUCCCUCUGUGACCUGAAGCCGAACUGACGAACUGCAGGAAACACGGUGAGGAGUUAUCGGGAAACGGGAGUGGACAAACCAAACACACAAACACUGUACCAGACGCUUGACGGACGUCUACCCAUCAGGCCCUUUUUUUAUAUAGCCAUUUAGUCACGAUUUCCUUGUUUCUUUUUAAGCGUCCUUAAAAGUAUCGCAGGCCUAUCUUCACUCGGCAGGAAUGUAGUCUCCGAACGUCUCCCGUUAAUGGAACUCGUAACGCUUUUCAGCAAAAGCUUGUGCACAGACAGAACGGACGUCACCUUUUCCCAUGCGCGCGCCGUUAAUCAGGAGACGAUCGAAGCGAGGGGCGGUCUGUAUAGCAGCGAUUGACGAACUGUUUGUAUAUAUUCUUGCAUAUAUUUAAAUAUUAAAACCGCUUAAGCAAUGUGCCCGGGGGGGAGAAGGGGGUAAGGGCUUUUACCUUUUCACAUAAAGGCAAGCAAGUUGUUUUCCAUUUUUGCAUGGACAAAAUUUGCAAGCAGUGUGUGAUGGGGGCAAGCUUGACUUUUAGUUUUAGCAUUCAGGGGCUUCUUGUGUUUGCAUUCUGUAAAAAAAAAAAUGUUAGGGAAACUGUGUUGAAUGAAUUGGGGAUUGUGGGUAAUCAUUUUAGCACAGAGGAAGUAUCAGUAACUGUCAGAGGUCACAGUGUGCCUCUCCGAAUCCUUAAAGUAUUGGCCAUCUCUCACAUUAGUUAAAGGUGCAAUGUGGGACUUUUAUAAGGAUCUCUUGACAGAAUUGCAAUAUAAUAUACAUAACUAUAUUAUUAGCGGUGUAUAAAGACGUUACAUAAUGAACUGUAUUGUUUUUAUUACCUUGGAAUGAGCCGUUUUUAUCUACUGUACAAACAUCGUGAGUCUCCAUACAUGGAAGUUGCUACCAUGUUUCUACAGUAGCCCUAAAUGGACAAACUGCUCUAUAGAGCGCGUUUCGUACCUACAUUGUUUCAGACGAUGUAGAAACAUACCGCUUCUCUUAGUGUUUCGAAAUUGAGGUUGGUUGCAAUACGCAAUCUCACCACUAGAUGUCGCUAAAACUCCACAUUACACCUUUAAGCAAACUAUAUCUAUGAGACUUUAUGUUCAAAGAAAGAGUUGUGGAUUAGAAAUAUAACCCUGUUUAGCAGUCUCUGACUGUGUUUACUCACAAAUGCAUUGGUCUGUGGAGACAGUAAACCGAUUUAAACUGCAGAGAGUCCAGGAGAAUUGGUAGCUUGUUAUUCUCUUCCUGCAGAGCAUGGAUUGAUCAGUAUUAUUAUGAUGAUGCGGUUUACCUUUUAGCUUUUUUUGUAGUGUUAUAAGCCACAAAUGUAUGUCUAAUUUUUUAUUUUAAUAAUUGUACUCCUGGAAAAACUGGAAUUUUGACGGGAAAUGAUGAAGGGAGCUUGUGGCUACUUUUGAUUGAGAUUCUGCAACUUAAAUACAGUGCUGGUCUCAGAUCAGCAUUCUUCCUAAACCUAGUUACACACAUACUGUAUGUGACCCUGUCUGUGACUAAAAUCUCAGGCUAGGAGCAUCAAAGUCUUUGACAUGACCUUACUCAAGUUCAAGGUUAUAUUUUCACAGAAUGCAGAAGUUGAUUUAUGUAGAAAAAAAUGACAUUUUGGCACUUUCACAGGCAGGGUCACAUAUUUGAGCCUCAUUCAUUCAACACAAGUUUCACUAUGAAUUGUUAAAUUAUUCUUAAAUCAUUGCAUUGGAUUCAGUGUAAGGAUAGUUUUGAGAUGAUAACCUGAACGGUCAUUUUCAAGAAUUUUAUUUGAUUUUUUUUUUUCAGUUCGAUCUGAUAGCUGUGUUGUGUUCUUAUCAGUGUUUUACAUCAGUAUGCGAUUCAAAGAGAAAAAAAUAUUAUGUCUGGGUUUACUAAAUGCAGUAUUGAAAAAGGAAUUUUAAUGUGGUCAAGAGAUUUGUUUUUACAUAAUUUUCCUUAACUUUUAGUAUUUACUUUAUUUUGCAAGUAUUACAGUUUUUACGAUAUUUAAAAAUGUUAAAGGAUUAAUGAUAAGGAUAAUGACAAUGCAGACCAUGAGGUUGAGUUGUUUUAAAUAAUAGAAAAAAGAUUUUAAAAGAACUUUGAAAAAAUCCUUAAUUUAAUUUCCCAACAUCAAUUAUUUUAAAAUUAAUAUUAAAAUUAAAAUUGCUUUUUUCAGUCCACAUAUUAAGAUGGGAUAGAAGUAAAAAACUCUUGGCUUUACGUUCAUUUAAUAUCUUAAAAAGGGAGUACAAGCAUUGAAUGAAAACUCUAUUUCACUUUAGUGUGAGAUCUUUAAAGGUGAUUAUUUCUUUUUGUUGAUUUUGACCACAGUUUUAUCCUCAAACAUGAACAAUUUUUUUUUUGGAGAAACUUUAACUGUAAGGAUAUUGAGUCAUUCCACAAUUAUCCCAAAAAUGUUUCUUCUUUAUUAGUGUGUUGAAAGGAAAUCUAACGUGAUGAUCAUAUUUUCUAUGUACAGUUUGCUUAAUCUCUUUGGUUGCAGUUAAUUGAAUUAAUUUUGUAACCCUGUUACACUGUCGGAAACAAGCAAACCAAUAGAUGAAAUCUUUAAAUCUUAUGAACGCUUUUCAGUUUCAUACCUUUAGCUUAGCUUAGACUAGCUGCUGCCUUUAAUGAAAUGAAAUUGCUUCCAUGUACAGAAAAGGACUUGGUCUUGCACUCACUGGCUGUAUCGAAUCAUCUUUGGUGUCUGUAGUUUAUUUAACAUGACAUCUAAUAAAGUCAACACACAAUAACUUCAACGAUGACGUUGUGCUUGUUGCUAUAAUGGGGAAAUGGCUACAAUGCGGUUGUUGUGCAUUGUAAUUGGUUUUAUGAUUUUAUAGUUGGUUUACAAACAUGUGAUUUUAUUACCUGAUUCAGGUUCUGUUUUACCCCGCCGUGUAAAUUGCUACGAUUCAGAGGAAGACGUUCGUUUGAAGUAAGCGUCAUAAUGUUGCAUAAUUGCUGUCAUUAUUAAUAAAUGCAGAAAUGUGCUGAUCAGCAGUAUUAAACCAUGUCAGUUUUAAAAA